AUGAUUUUAUUGAAAAUUUUAUCAAAAAUAAUUUUAUUUUUAUUAAUUCAACAAAUAAUAAUAAUUAAAUCUUCUUCUUCUAAUCCCUCUCCUUAUUUUAUUAUUGAAACUGCUGAUGAAAUAAAAGAAGAUUCAUUAUCAGCAUCCUCCUCAACUUCCUCCUCUUCUUCUUCAAGCGAUUCAUUCUCAGAAGAAACUUCUGUAGAAAAAGAAGAUGAGGGAGAAGAAUUUCCUUUAGAAAAUGUUGCAGAUUGGCAACCUCCGACAGUUUGCCCGAAAGGGCAAUUUCGUUCAAAUGGAGGAAAUUGCAAACAAUGCUCUGUUUGUGGAAAAUAUUUAUUGUUGGUUUUUGUCUUUUAA